GUGAAAUUGGGUGGUUAUUGCAUUUACAAGUCUCUAACAUGUGAUUUGAACAAAAUUAAUUUAUGUUUCCAAGGUGAACGUAAUUAAAUCAUAUAUGAUCUGCAUGAAAUUUACCAAUUUAGCACCUCUUAAAUUUAUUCUUGUUGAUAUGACAUGAUAAAAUCUAACAAGAGUGGUUAGCUGCCUUAAAGACUCGCGAUAUCACAAGAUCACACGUGAUUUUAACCACAGGAGACAGGAAAGCGCAUGGUUUGCUUCGCGGUCAUCUUGGAAAGGCUGUUGUGAAAUGGCUGCAAUGGUGAAACUCAGAAUCAUUUUCUCCGAAAAUGAUUCCCGGAGAUUGAUCCUUCCAAAUGGGAUGCCAGAGUCUGUCAGUGAGCUAGUUCAGCAGAUAAAGGGACAGUGUGGAGUUAAUGGGGACUUCAGGCUUCAGUUCAUGGAUGCAGAAUUUGGGAAUGAAUUCACCAACUUGGAGUCAAUGUCGGACAUCCAGGACAAAAGUACCAUCAAGGUCAUCUUUAGCUCAGUUGCACCUGUCGAGCCUGGUGAGCCACUGCUCCCUCUUUACUCAUCUGCUGCCACUUCCCGCACUCUAGAUGACUCCUCAUCCCUUUCAUCUCCUGGGAACUCAUUUGAUACAGACAUAUUGUCUUCUCCUGAAUCUACGUCCUCAAGAGCCACUGCAUGGCCCGAUGUCUUCCCCAUUCCCCGGUUCUCUUAUGAUACUCAACUACAGCUGGACAGGGCCAAUGCUACUUUCAAAGAAACUGGAGCUUUGUUGAAUCCUGAUCAUAAAAUUAAGUCUGCCAUUCUUGAUGGUUUAGCUGAAACAAUUGUUCAGUACAAGGUCUACCUCUCUGACAGGGAGUUUGAUGAGGUCGCAGAAGCUCUUGUAACAACCCAUCCAUGUUUGAAAGAGCCUGGUUCAGUCACUGGAUAUGGCGGAUGGAAAACAAGCUUGAAGUAUAAACUUGCUAACUACCGAACUAAGCUUAGACGGCUUGGAUGCCCUGAAGUUACUGUGAAUUCCUUAAAACAUAAACCUGAUGGCAAAUGUACUCCUGCGUAUGGCGUGAAGAAGCCAAAAAAAGCUGAAGUGAAUUACUGCCCCACUUAUCCAGCUGGUGAAACUGCAGAGACACUAGAAGAAAUCAGAGUGGACCUCCUGUCAGAAGUUAAGAAAAAAAACAAUGACCAUAGGGUGGCUGCAAUGAUGGAGAAGACCUUGGCUCUCAGAAGGCAAGAGGUGAUACGUGAAGCACCGAUGAUCGCUGAUUUCAAAAUGAGGUGGCCAGCUCUCUUCCAUGUGUGUGAGGUGAGUGCAGAAUUCAAGAGGAUUACAACAAUCCAUUUGCAGUCCAAGUUCUUCUCCCAGCUGGAUAGUUAUUCGGCAAACCUUAUGAAGAUAUAUGCCAAGAAGGGUGGAAUACAAGGGCGAAAAAUUAAGACCAUCAUGGCACCUGCAACCCAGACUGCUGCUGUUGAAGUCAGAAGAGAACGCAUCCUCAAAGGUCUUUGCGUGUACCUGAAUGAAGAUCCAGAGAAGCUGGUGAAGGAUUACCUGGACGUUGAUAAAAGCAUCGCCACUGCCAUAGCAGAGACAGUCUUUGGAAUCUGUGUCAUUCGAUCAGAGGGUGCGGAGCCUGGCGAUGACCCUCAGGAUGUUAUGAUUGUUCUAGAGGGGGUGGAAGUGAUGGAACUCAGGUACACCUUUGAGGUUCUGCAGAAGAUUCUUAUGGAGUUGGAUGCACACAAACUAUCCAACAAAGUACAGGUUCUCAAAACUCUUCUUUCUCGUUGAGAAAUGUUGCCAAUACAACAGCUACACCAUGUAUCUGGAACAUGAACCAGAAAGAACUGCAGACAGAUGAUACCAUGCAUUUUUUAUUCAUUUUGAGAUAUACAAAAUUGGUGAUAUUUGUUUUUUUGAAAGUGCAUCUCUUUGACCUUCAAAAUCACUUGAUUCAGCCGUUCAUUGUGGUUAAAAAAUGGUUUGAACAGGUUAAGUUGCCACCAUGUCCACUACUUUUUUGUUUUUCUGUGAUAUAACUUGCAUUACAUGUAUUCUUCACACGUUAUAUGAAAUUUGCUAUAAAUCCAAUAAAUUGGAGAAAACAAAAAGAUCUGUAUGACAAUUUUUUUUUAUUUAAGUUUUAGAUAUUGUAAUAGUGCAAUGCAUGUUAUCCAGACUCUAGACUUUGUUAAAUACUCCAAAAAAAUUUCUCUUUAAAUGAACUUAAAAUAAUCAUGGAAAGAAUUUCCACAUUAUUAAAUGGCUUUCUAUUAGCAUUAAACACUUGUGUUGGAUUAACAUAAUUUGUAUGAGUUGGUUCAACUCAGUUAACUUAAGUUGGAACCAAAUUCAGUACAUUAGUUGGAGAAAACCUACUGAAUUGAGUUGGAACAAAACCCUUAAAGUUGGAUCAACACUAUUAUCUUAUAUUGGAUUCAAAUGCAGUAAAUACGUUGAUUCAUCAAUCAUUAAUUAAGUUGGUCCAACUUGAGUACAUUAAGUUGGAAUUACAGAAUUGCAUAAUGCUAAAAUAAAGCAAUUCAAUCACGUGGAAAUUCUUUCCAUGAUUUUUUUAUGUUCAUUUAAAGAGUUAUUUUUUUGA